AUGAGUGAAUUCAAUUGUAUCACGUGUAAUACAAAAUUUCAAAUGGGUGCUACUCGUCAACAUAUGUGUAAACGAUGUUCCGAUCGACGUGAUGAACUGGCAAAACGCUUAAAUUUGUCUGAAAAAGAUGGUGCUUUAAUAAAACUUGCAUUUGGUGAUCAAUGUGAUGCAUGUCGUAGAUACAUCCGAGCUGAUUAUUAUGCUCUUACCAGUGGCGUAGCCAGGGGGGUGGCCAUUGGGCAAUUGCCCAACGGUUAA